GAAGAAGGUUUGGUGGAAAGCGGAACCUUGGUCUCCAUCUAACUGCUCCUAAGCCUCACGCUCCCUUGCCCUGCGCGUCCUGUUGCUUCCCUGAUUGACCUUCUCCGUGACCUGUAGCUAAACCUUCCACCAGCGCUUGAGAACUUAAUUUGAACCGGAUCCUUUCCCAGACCCCUUUUUCCUCCUCCUCCUCCUCCUCCUCUUCCACCUCCAGGUGCCCAACAGCCCCCUUCUCCUCCUUUCCCUUCCCUUCCCUCCCCUCCCCUCCCCUCCCCUCCCCUCCCCUCCCCUCCCCCUUCCCUCCACCUCCCCAUCCCCGUCCCCGUCCCCUUCCCUCCCCCCGCCCUAAGCCACCCCCGCCUCUGUCCUGGCUGCCUCAGGGCUCCCUGAGAGGACCAGGACAUGCCGGUGUGGUGGCUGCUCUUUUGGCUCCUCCUGCUGGGAUUUAUCAGCCAUCACCCCACCUAUGUUAUCAAUUCUCUGCCUGAUGAUUUUCAUCCUGGGACUGACUUUUGUGGAAUUCCUUGGAUAGUUAUCAUUAUUGUGUUUCUGGGAAUUUCUACACUUGCCAUUUUCCUCUGGAAAACUAGCCUUUGUGUGUCUUUCCUCAAGACUGUCUUAAAGUCACAAAAUGUACAUGACGGAUCCAAGGAUGUACAGCGGAAAGCCUGGAGGUCCAAUAGCCGUAGCCGGGAAGGAAUUAAAUUUGGCCGGGAAGACCUCUUUACUUCAUGGAGACAUAUGGAAGCCAAAGUUCGAGCUGAAGUCCGUAAGGUGACAGGGAAGGUCAACAGUCAUUACAAAAUCAAUGGACAGAGGAAGACUGCCGAGGAAGAGAAACAAAACAUGAAAGAAUGUGAGCAAGCAGAAAACGAGAGGCAGCUAUCAGAGGCAGAGGAGAAUGGGAAAUUGGAUAUGAAAGAAAUACACACCCAACUGCAACCGUUUCAACGCACGCAAGAGUUGCAGCGGUGGGCAGAGGACUACUACAGGUGCAAAAUCGCCCCUUCUGUAAGAAAGCCUCUUGCCAACUCAGGAAGUUUGUUUGUUUUCCUUGCUUUUGGACAUAGUCUGCCAGGUCAGGACAUGGAUGUAUUUUUCUCCCCACACCUCUGUGCUCAAGCCUUGCAAAGGUGGAUGGCAGAGAGGAAGGCUGCCUACAAGCGGCACAGGUGUGAAAUGAGGCAAAAGCAGAGAGUGCCAGAGAGACACAUGAGUCUGGAGCCAGUCCAGGGACGACCGGGCCUAGAGAACCCUUUCUGGAGGGCAGAUUCAGGACAUCAUUGGGUUCCCAUGAGGAACAGGAGCGGCGUCCCAGCUGAAAACACAGAGAAGACAAAGGUCAGGAUGGCGGCAGUGGAGCACCAUCAUUCCUCAGGGUUGCCCUACUGGCCCUACCUCAUGGCUGAAACUUUAAGAAAAAGGAUGGGCCACAAGCCAACUCCUCCACCUCAGUGUGAUCUGAGAGGUCAACCACAUCCAUCAGUUAAAGGGUGUCUGAGACUGCUGACUCUUUCUCGACUACAGUGUCUACUAGGACCUCAACCACAUUCAACAACUGAUGAUUUUCUGAGAAGAGAGACACCUCAAGACGAGUGUGCCCUGGGACCUGAACCACUUCCUCGAGCUAAUGAUUUUCCGAGACUCAAGACACCUCCCGAGGGUCUUUUCAUACCAAUUUCCCCUUUUCCAGUUGAUGAUUCUCUGAGCCUCAAGACACCUCCCGAGUGUCUUCUGGUACCCCUUCCACCUUCUCCAGUUGAUGAUUUUCUGAGACCACAAACACCUCCCGUCCAGUGUCACCUGAGACCUGUACCAUUUCAUCAAGCUGAUGAUAUCAGGAGACUCAAGAAACCUCCUGACUGUUUUUUCACACCCCUUCCACCUUCUCCAGUUGAUGAUUCUCUGAGCCUGAAGACACCUCCCGAGUGUCUUGUGGUACCUCUUCCACCUUCUGCAGUUGAUGAUUUUCUCACACCAAAAACACCUCAACUACAGUGUCACCUGAGACCUGUACCGUUUCAUCGAGCUGAUGAUAUUAGGAGACUCAAGAAACCUCCUGACUGUUUUUUCACACCCCUUCCACCUUCUCCAGUUGAUGAUUCUCUGAGGCUGCAGACACCUCCCGAGUGUCUUCUGGUACCCCUUCCACCUUCUCCAGUUGAUGAUUUUCUCACACCACAGGCACCUCCCAUCGAGCGUCAUCACCUGGGACCUGUAGCAUUUCCUCAAGCUGAGGAUUUUAGGAGACCCAAGGAACCUCCCGACUGUCUUUUCUUACCCCUUCCACCUUCUCCAGUUGAUGAUUUUCUCACAUCAGAGGAACCUCCCAUCAAGCGUUGUCGCCUGGGACCUGUAGCAUUUCCUCGAGGUGAUGAUAUCAGGAGACUCAAGAAACCUCCUGACUUUUUUUUUGCACCCCUUGCACCUUCUCCAGUUGAUGAUUCUCUGAGCCUGAAGACACCUCCCGAGUGUCUUCUGGUACCCCUUCCACCUUCUCCAGUUGAUGAUUUUCUCACACCACCAGCACCUCCCAUCAAGCGUCAUCACCUGGGACCUGUAGCAUUUCCUCGAGCUGAGGAUUUUAGGAGACCCAAGGAACCUCCCGACUGUUUUUUCUUACCCCUUCCACCUUCUCCAGUUGACGAUUUUCUCACAUCAGAGGAACCUCCCAUCAAGCGUUGUCGCCUGGGACCUGUAGCAUUUCCUCGAGCUGAUGAUAUCAGGAGACUCAAGAAACCUCCUGACUGUUUUUUCGCACCCCUUCCACCUUCUCCAGUUGAUGAUUCUCUGAGCCUGAAGCCACCUCACGAGUGUCUUCUGGUACCCCUUCCACCUUCUCCAGUUGAUGAUUUUCUCACACCACCGGCACCUCCCAUCAAGCGUCGUCACCUGGGACCUGUAGCAUUUCCUCAAGCUGAUGAUUUUAGGAGACCCAAGGAACCUCCCGACUGUUUUUUCUUACCCCUUCCACCUUCUCCAGUUGACGAUUUUCUCACAUCACAGGAACCUCCCAUCAAGCGUUGUCGCCUGGGACCUGUAGCAUUUCCUCGAGCUGAUGAUAUCAGGAGACUCAAGAAACCUCCUGACUGUUUUUCUGCACCCCUUCCACCUUCUCCAGUUGAUGAUUCUCUGAGCCUGAAGAAACCUCCCAAGUGUCUUGUGGUACCUCUUCCACCUUCUGCAGUUGAUGAUUUUCUCACACCAAAAACACCUCAACUACAGUGUCACCUGAGACCUGUACCAUUUCAUCGAGCUGAUAUUAGGAGACUCAAGAAACCUCCUGACUGUUUUUUUGCACCCCUUCCACCUUCUCCAGUUGAUGAUUCUCUGAGGCUGCAGACACCUCCCGAGUGUCUUCUGGUACCCCUUCCACCUUCUCCAGUUGAUGAUUUUCUCACACCACAGGCACCUCCCAUUGAGCGUCGCCUGGGACCUGUAGCAUUUCCUCGAGCUGAUGAUUUUAGGAGACCCAAGGAACCUCCUGAGUGUUUUUUCGCACCCCUUCCACCUUCUGCAGUUGAUGAUUCUCUGAGCCUGAAGACACCUCCCGAGUGUCUUCUGGUACCUGUUCCACCUUCUCCAGUUGAUGAUUUUCUGAGACCACAAACACCUCCCGUCCAGUGUCACCUGAGACCUGUACCAUUUCAUCGAGCUGAUGAUAUCAGGAGACUCAAGAAACCUCCUGACUGUUUUGACCGUUUUUUGUUUUGUUUUCUUUUGUGUUUGUUUUUUGUUUUAUUUUUAUUGUGUUGGAGGAAGGCGUCUGUUAUGUUGUUGAUUCUAUUUAUUCAUCAUUUUUGCAAUACAUAAAUUCAUUUAAGUAUUGAUUGUGCACCUAUCAUAUGAUAAGCAUUUUUUCAUCACUCCCCCACUCCCAGAACCCUAAGCUUUUCUCACUGUUAGAACUGCUAGUUUAUUUGUAUUUCAGUCACUUUGACUAUAAACUCCUUGAGUGUAGGUGCUUAGAUUUUUUUCACUGCUUAGCCCCCAAUGCCUGUAUAGAGUAAGCUCUUUUUUUUUUUUUUUUUUUGUACCAAAUGCCCAAUGGCCAAUUUAUUCUGUUUCAAUAACAACUAGGCAUCAUUUUCAAAGGGCCAUAUACUGACAACAGACUGCCCAGAAAUUAUCUCCCUAUGUAGGAAAACUACAGAAGACAAGUUCUUAGACUUUUAAUGCCCAUUACAGUAGCCAUUAAUGACAGGUGACUACCGAGCCUUGAAAUGCGAUAGUCCAAAUUGAGAUGUGCUAUAAGCUUAAAUUACACACCACAUGUCAAAGCCAUAAGACCAAAAACUGUAAAAUAGUCUAGUAAUUUUAUAUUUAUUAUAUAUUGAAAUGAUAUUUGGUAUUUUAGAUAUAUUGAGUUAAAUAAAAGUUAAAUUCACCUG